AUGGCGAGUGCUGGACCAAGCAGCGCGGUAGGCGGCGGUGGCGGCGAGGUGACGGGCGAGCCCGUGGUGGCGGUGCCGGGCAUGGCGGAGAAGCCGCAGGCGCCUGGAGUCAACGACAAUCCGAUUGUGUUCUUUGACGUGUCGAUCGGAGGGCAGGCGGCCGGGCGGAUCAAAAUGGAGCUGUUUGCUGACGUGGUGCCGAGGACGGCCGAGAACUUCCGGCAGCUCUGCACGGGUGAGUUCAAGAAGAUGGGCGAGCCUGUUGGGUACAAGGGCUGCCCCUUUCAUCGGGUCAUCAAGGGCUUUAUGAUCCAGGGCGGCGACUUUCUGGCGGGCGAUGGCACCGGCUCGCUCUCCAUCUACGGCGCCUCGUUUGAGGAUGAGAACUUUGACAUCAAGCACACCGGGCCGGGCCUCCUCUCCAUGGCCAACUCGGGCAAGGACUCGAACGGAUGCCAGUUCUUUAUCACCACCGCAGCGGCAGACUGGCUCGAUGGCGUCCACGUCGUCUUUGGCCGCGUCAUUGAGGGCAUGCUCACGGUCCGCAAGCUCGAGGCCGUUCCCACCACGCCGCAGAACCAGCCCAAGGUUGCGUGCGUCAUCACCGAGUGCGGUGAGAUGUAA